UUCACGUUUAUGGUAUUUUUCUAAUAUAAAUAACUGCAUAAUAUAAUCUCUCUUCUCUUUCGAAAGUAUCUUUCUUUAAUGUUACCUGGUGGGCGAGAAUGAGUGACGUCACGUCCCCCUUUCGCCCCGAGCGCGAGCACCACUUCACCGCCACAUCAUCCGCCAGUUCGCGCAAUCUGAAAGCAGAGGGCGAGAAAAUAUACGCGAAUUAAAGAAAAGCCCAUAUCCGCGAUACUUUUACACCGCGGAUUUUUAUUCACGAAUGAUUUCAGCUUUGAACUCAGAGUAGCCGCUUUAACAAAGGACAUCUAGGCUACUACGACAAAACUAAACGACACAAGCCCGACAUCACUAUCUGUUCUAACAGGAAGGAUAAAGAUGCUUCAGUCUCUCGCCGGUAAUUCGUGCGUCCGCUUGAUCCAAAGCAACAAAUCGGCGUGGUAUUUUCUGUUCCUGGUGCUCGGUUAUAUUCUAUAUCUCAUAUUCGGAGCGGUCGUGUUCUCUUCGGUGGAGCUGCCGUAUGAAGAUCUCCUGCGCCAGAAGCUCCGAGCGACCAAACGUCAGUUUCUCCAGGAACAUCAAUGCCUGUCUGAGGAAAGACUGGAGGAAUUCUUGUCCAAAGCGCUCGAAGCAAGCAACUAUGGUGUAUCCAUCCUCAACAACGCAUCGGCCAGCUGGAACUGGGACUUCACAUCCUCCCUGUUUUUUGCCAGCACUGUGUUGUCCACCACAGGAUAUGGUCACACUGCCCCUCUAUCUGAUGGAGGAAAGGCUUUCUGUAUCAUUUACUCUGUGAUCGGCAUUCCCUUUACCCUUCUCUUCCUCACGGCUGUGGUGCAAAGGAUCAUGGUGUUCAGCACAUGGCGACCCAUUAUGUACAUACACACACGCUGGGGCCUGUCCAAACCCGUGGUGGCACUCGUUCACGCAACCCUACUGGCAGUUGUGGCAGUUUCCUGUUUUUUCCUCAUCCCCGCUGCCAUCUUUUCUGUAAUGGAAGCGAACUGGAACUUUCUGGAAUCCUUCUACUUCUGUUUUAUCUCGCUCUCCACCAUCGGCCUGGGUGACUACGUACCUGGAGAGGCCUUUAACCAGAAGUUUAGGGAGCUCUACAAACUGGGAAUCACUGUCUAUCUUCUUCUUGGCCUGAUUGCCAUGCUGGUCGUGUUGGAGACCUUCUGCGAGCUCCAGCAGUUGAAGCAACUGAGGAAGAUGUUUUACCUGAAGAAGCAGAAACCCCAGGACCGCCUGGCCAUCAUGGAGCAUGACCAACUGAACUUUAACUCUAUGGCCGAUGGCUCCAUCAAUUCACCCCAAGAGGAUAAACACGAAGCAUUUGUGGAUUUCCCUGUCCUGACCUCUCCUGGUGGUGAUGACCAGAUGAUCAGAUAAACAUCUUGACAUCGUUAGCCAAGGGGUCUCCAACAUGUGGCUUGCAGGUGAUUGGUUGACCACUACAGCAGGAAGCCAGACACGUGCCACAAAAUGGCAAAAAUUACCUAAAUAUGUACCUUGAUAUUUACAUAUUCCAAAGCAGUGCCAGUUCAACUUUCUGCUCUUGGACGUAUUUAUAUCCAUCCACCACCAAUAUGGAUUUAAAACCAUGCAUAUUUGCAUGCUAAACUCUUGAUAGCGGUAAUGAUCUCGUUUUCUAGGUCAGAGAGUCCAAAUCUAAAUUUUGUUACUCUAAAUUUUAAUAUAGUUUUAAAGUCCUUUUGCCCCUUGACCAUGUCUGGCCAGAUGUUUUUAAUAUAAAAAAAAAAUGUUGUGAGGAGACCUAUGGUGUUGGAGACCCAUGCCAUCAAACAUUGUAGAUGUUGCACAUCGUCUUUAAGUUUUAUUUCAGACUUGUGUGAUCGACCUUGUGAGCUUUACUUGAGUAAGACUUCAAAGAUAUCUGCUACUAGUGUUCAUAGAAACCAUUUUGCUCUACUGCGUAGAAAUGUUAUCAGUAACUAUGAUGCACUGUACUGCAGUAUAUACUGCAGAAGAUUUAGCAUGUGUAGCAUAAGUGUAAAAAGCACAAACAUACUGUUCACAAUGAGGGACUAUUGUGGCUAAGACAAGGGAUAUUUUAGAUGUGUUAUAAAGGGAAAAAAGCAUUUGAUUGUGCAAAACAAAGCAGCUAUGCUACCCAGCAUCAUUCUUGUGAUGAAUGAGGGAUGUUUAACCUUAGUCUACUCUAUAUAUUCAAAUGCUUGAGACAGUUUACAUGAAUUAUUGAGCCUAUGGUAGAAAGUGGUCCCAUAUGAUUUCAAAUGUCUAGUACUGAGGUACUGAGAUUUUGGCACAAUGCAGUUACAUACCAAAACAAUUGAUACUAAUAGUUUAUUAGCAUUACUGGUUGCCUGGAUAAGACUUUAAAAAAAGUUUUUUGUGGCUAAUUUAUUAAAUGCUAAGAAACAUGCUUGAAAUGUUGUUUACAAAUAAAUACAUGUAUGUUUAUAUUAUAAGAACGACUGUUGUAGAAAUAGACUGAUGGCUACCAGUAUGAUCACGUUACAGCAGAUUGUGUUAUAAUGUGACAUAGGGGUGGGACAAUACAUCGAUAUGGCAAUGUAUUGUUGUCCGUCUUAGUGCAAUACGAGAACCGAUACGCUGGCAUAAAAUAUCGAUAAUUAAAUUAAUAAAACAAGAUGCUCUCAGCAUCAUUACUUCAUGGCUUAACUAACAAUAGCAGGAGAAUAUUUUUAGACACUGUCUGCGAAAUAUUGCUACGCCUGCUGCAGCCAUGUUAAGACAGCAAAGUCCUUGAUUAUUAGGCCGGAAUGAAAGUAUGGUUCAUAGCUAUAUCGGCCUAGAAAAUCGCAACUUUUAAUUUUCCGUCAGUCUUAGUACACUAUUUAACAAAAGAAAAGUCAAGUUUUAAAUAGCAAAAAUAUUGAAACUAUUUGGUUAUUUUUUAGCGUGAUGCUAAUGGUCUAAUCAGAUUAAAUGGAUUAUGCUAAGCUAUGCUAAAAGUGCUACCGCCAGAACCGGAGAUCAGCUGAAUGGAUUCCAAAAUGGGAAAAAUCAAAUGUUUAACUCUAGUGGAGCUUGAAAAUGAGCCUAUUUUCAAAAAAGUGGAGUGUCCCUUUAAGGUAUGCCCCCAAAUUUUCUGCUUGCACUCUUAAAGUGCUCUGGAGCCCUGUAAAGUUGACCUUUCCAGGACAUUUUGUUUUCAUAGUUUGGCAGAUAUUGCAACGUAUCAUCACAGGGUUGGGAAGCAUCGCACUUAUUAGCGCAGAAUCAUGAUACUAUCGUAAUAGUGUAAGCCAUGUAUCCCAUCCUAUUGAAAGGACCAUGGGAUUCCCACCCCUAUCAUCACAACAAUGUAACUGACACUUUUUCAUCUUACAAGAAUAUAAAAACUGAAUGUUUUAAAGACAAUUUUUUUCAUUUUAAUGGCCAUUGUGUUUGUUUAGUCAUACAAUGCCCUGUCUUAACACAUAAUCAUGUGCUAAAUCCAAAUUCAGGUAAAGGGAACUUGAAUGUGCUUAUGUGAUAUUUACUGUGUGAUUAAUCAAAUGCAUUGUGAUGUCACUGCUGUAUACUUUGCUUAUUUGCAGUUGAUGUUUUGCUGCAUGAGACUCUGUAGGGCGUUUUCCUGGACAGGGCUGAAGUGUAGUUAAAGACUAAAACGCAUGUUUGGGUCAUCUUAACUGAAAACAGCUUGUACUGACAUAUCUUAAAAUAAACAUUUGAAAUGUAUCAAAAAAAGCUAAGUAAAGUUGACAAGAAAACAGGUAUUGUUAAAAAUCUUAAGACUUUAUGAUAGCAUUUGAUCCUCUUCAAAUGUUGACUAGUUUAUAUCAAUGCCAUCGUCGUGUAUCAUGAUGCACACCUUUAAUGUUUUUGUAAGGUGUGUUUAUAAAACCUACUUAAAUGUCCUAAUAUAACCAAGGCCUAGUCUAGGCUUAAUCUAAACCCUGUCCGGGAAACUGACCCAUUAUGAUAAUCUGUUAACAUUGUGUCAGUGCAGCACAAAUCGUAUUUAUUUAUUAGUAUAUAUUUUGUGUAUUAGUAUAUUUAGGUACACAUAAGGGCACAAACACUGUUAUAAUUUGAUCUGUUUUAUUGUGUGAACAGCUGUUGAAUAAAUGCUGUCUUUCCCACAAA